GUUGUCACGUGAGUAGCACAUGACAUGACGUCAUGCGGAAGUAGCUCAACCAAGAUGGCAGCGUCCUUGACAGGCAUGUUUUGAUUUGUGUUGAGUGUCAAACAUGCUUGAAAGUUACAAUUUAACGUGUUGCAGGACUAGCAGAAGGAGACUUUGAGAGCGGAACAUGGAGAGACGACAGUUCGUUGCGUCCUUAGUGGCAGGAGGCUGUGCAGGGAUGUGUGUGGAUCUGACCCUUUUCCCCCUGGACACCAUUAAGACAAGACUGCAGAGUCAGCAGGGCUUCUACAAGGCAGGGGGCUUCAGGGGCAUCUAUGCUGGAGUUCCAUCUGCUGCUGUCGGCUCCUUCCCCAACGCCGCUGCUUUCUUUGUCACCUACGACUGCACAAAGUCCCUGCUCGGCGCCGGAGGAGUGCUAGCAGCACCACACGUGGCACCUGUCACUCACAUGUUGGCCGCCUCCCUGGGAGAAAUAGUGGCGUGUUUGAUCCGGGUUCCCACAGAGGUGGUCAAACAGAGGACCCAGGCCUCUCCUUCUUCCACUACCUACCGCAUGCUAGUGACCACACUGAGUGAAGAGGGUUUCCGAGGCUUGUACAGAGGCUACGGGAGUACGGUUCUUAGAGAGAUCCCAUUCUCGCUGGUGCAAUUUCCACUUUGGGAAUAUUUAAAGACUCUGUGGUCACGGAGGCAAGGUCACACGCUCUACUCUUGGCAGGCUGCAGUGUGCGGAGCUUUUGCAGGUGCGGUAGCGGCUUGGUUACCACUCCUCUCGACGUGGCGAAGACCAGGAUUAGCUUGCAAAGGCCGGGUCGACCGCAGCGAGCGGCAACAUCCCUCUGGUGCUGCACGACGUGUGGAAGAGCAAAGGAAUUACAGGUCUAUUUGCAGGCAGCAUACCAAGAGUAACCUUCAUCAGCCUGGGUGGUUUCAUCUUCCUGGGAGCCUAUGAGAAGGUCCGCAGCACUGUGCUGUAGCAGCACGUCCUCUGUGACCGUCUUGAGCCCUGACCUAGCUGAGGAGCAGCAGGGGAUGCUGGGUGUCUCUGGAAGUUCCACCCUCAUCACCCCUGGGAAUGGAAACUGCACCUCACUGUUUGUGAGGCCUAGAAAGAGCUGCAAACACCUGGUGCUCUGAGGAAGAGUCAGCCUCUGGCCCGAUCUUGUUACCCAGAGGGCUGCAUUCCUACUCAUCGGUGUCCUGCUGACAAAGUUUCCCAGCCUGAAGGUUGAGCUUCUGUAAUGUCACUAACAGUGUGCAGAAAUGAAGCCACGCCCUGUCGUUAGAGACUAGUAAAGAAGCAUUUUACUGUUUAAUGUGUGUGAAUCAAUAAGUUAUGCUAUUAAACCCUGUCUCUUUUUA